AUGGUGACGCCAGCGCGAAAGUCGGUUAUAGAGCCGGUAGAAGGUUACAGAAACCUCGAACAAAUGGACUUGAUGAGAUUCUGUACGAAAAAAAUGUACAGGGUUGUCAUGUUAACGCAGGCCGAUGAUUUGCAGACGCAUCAUCUGGGCGUCUUGGCGAACGAAGGAAAAGAAUACGAGGACGUGUCUAAUGUUUACUUUAUUUUAUACAAGGACGUGCGCGAUAUUAUUUCGGAACCUUACACGAAAGACGUACCGCUUCCUAAAGAUUUGCAUGAAACUUAUUACAAUAUUAUAAGCGAUAUUGAGCUGAUUGGCACGACUCAAAUACCGGCGAAUUUUUUAUCGUAUUGCAUUAAGUUGAAAAUUAUGAUGUUGAUGUACGAUUUGUACAGGAAAGAGGUCGAUAAAAUGUACAGGAGGAAAGCUUUGGAGGAAGAGCUGCGGCAUUUGUGCGAUUCCAAGGAUGGGAAAGGGAAAGGCAAGAAAGGCGACAAGAAAGAUAAAGGGGAGAAAAAAAAAGCGUCAAAGGGGGGAAAGGGGAAGGAUAAGGGUAACGAUGGUCCUCCAAAGGAAAUUGACGAUUAUACUUCUAUUAUUAUUGAGCCCAAUGAAGAAAUUUUGGAUGAUAAUAUUUAUAAUCAGGAAAUAAUUUGUGUUUUAGCAGGCUUCAUAGACUAUAACAUAGUCAAUGUACUCACGGAAACGCUUUGCGUUCCUUUAAUGGCUUGCAUAGAACUCAACCCGACUCAAAUAUUGACGGACGAAACGUGCUCAGGAGGUCUGGACAGAGCCGAACUGUUCUGGUGCAAAAUAAAAAAAAACAUAUUCGGAGGUUCCAGAUUGCCGCUGUUCGAAGACACCGUCUUACUGGAAUUCGCCUCUCAAAGUGACGCAAGAGAGAUGCUGAAGGAGUUUUUGAGCUUGCUGAAGAAAUUUUUUGAGGUGAAGCUCUUGCACUUGAAUUAUUUGAGGAGUUUGAAGGUGUACGAUGUGCAGGAAAAGGGAGAUGUUUUACCAGUGAAGUGUUUAAAUAAAUAUAGAAACGUUAUGGACUCUUUAUCACCUGAACUCCGCACUGUACCCUUAAUAUUACAUGGAGCUUUGGAAGAAGUCUUGUCCAGACUGUAUGAUGAAAACAGUAACAAACACAAUUGCUUAGGACCCAAACUAAAAAAACCGUCUCAUACCCAUUCGCCAAAUAUCAACAUAAUUUUGGACAAAAUGAGUUCCGAAAACAUUAUUUGCACUUAUCCUUUCAGUAUAGACGCGUUUUUUGAACACAAAAAGAAUAGGAAAUCCGAACGUAAACUCAGAGGUAAUCCUGAGAAAACGUAUAGGGUGGAAAAGUAUGAUUUAUUAGGGAAUAUAGUGCAGUCCUACGGAAAAAAGGCGGCGUUGUACGACGAGGUGACAAAGAAAAUGUUGAAGUGUUAUCUUAAAGGUUACCUAUGGAAAGGUAUUGAUAUUAUGAGUUACGUGGAGUACCCUCAUUUUCACGAUAAAACCCACGAACCAAAAAGAGAGACACCGGACAAUCAGUAUCAGUUGGAUCAUUUCAUGUAUUUACUUAUAUUUUCGUGCUUGCAACAUUUGAACCCUGCAAAGGAGGAGAUAAUCACCAAAAACGAAAUAAACAAAUAUUUUCAAAUUUACGACAUAGAGCAAGAAUACAGGGAAUUAAACUGGACCAUAUUUGAGGAACGUUCGGAAUCGGACAUCCUUCUAACACAAUUCGAUAGAGUUGAUAACUUGUACCAACCUACCACCAUUAAUUACCACUGGGUUGAAAAAUUGAGCUCCGAUGUUCUGAUGCAAAAAAUAUCCAAAGCAAGCCGUAUGUACCAUCACAUGGACAAAUUUUACUGCGAUGAAACUGAGACCCUGCUCCUGCAAUUUCAUGAUUAUCUAGAUGAAAACGGUUUGGCCACUAAUAUGAGUUCGGGGUAUAUACGAACACCGAUUUGUCUUAGAGAUUUUUGCAGGUAUAUUUCAGUCUUUGAUGGGGAUUGGUUGAUGAACCAUACACCUUUACCAUAUUAUAACAACACCGAAAUGGAAGAGAUUGAGUUAUGUCCAGGGGGUAAAAUCAUGUUGGAAAGCAAGAUGUAUGAAGAGUACCAACAUUUAAUAAGUGAAAGUUUUAUCAAACCACCCAAACCACAAGCCAAUUUCCAAGAGCGUCUAGAUGAAAUUAUAAAUUACCCAACAUCGAUUAAGCUUGAAAGUCUCUACAAAAAUCCAAUAGAAGGCAAAAAAGACUUCGUUGGUUUCAAUUUGGGUUCGAAUCUUUUAGGUCUACGAGGAGGCGUUAAUGUGUUCAAGUCCCAUGAUGAUAUACAAAUAGAUGUUGAUACUACCAGAUUCAUAGAUGAUGACCAUAGCUUCACUGUGACCACCAAAGGUGUAAUUCUUUACAUUUACUCCUGCGACAGUGUGGUUAACGAGGAUUACAGUUACCAUUACCGGUUAAGUGAUAACACCAUCAUUACAUUUUUAUUGAAAUCCAAAAACUCGGAAAAGUUUGCAGAAAAAGAGGAAGAAACUACACUUGGAAGUUCAAAAUACGACAGACCUUUUGAGGAAAGUGAAAAAACUAGUUUAACGGAAACAUUAGAUGAAGUAAAAUCGGAAGAUGAGACGUACAUAACCGCGGUUAACAAUGAAUAUUUGCAAGAGAAGAUAGAUGAGAAUGCAGGCAAAGAGCUCGACACCGAAGACGUCAACAUUGAACCUAAAAUACAAAUACACGAACCGAAUGACCCGCGUUUCCUGACAUCUCUCAAACAAGCUGUAGAAGAAAAUAUACCUAUUUAUAAAGUGAACAAGAACUAUAAAUACGUCAAACCCUUGCAGAAGGAAAUUAAAAUACCACUUAGCACUGUAUUGCAUAGAGUGCUGCAAAAACCCAUAGGAAAAAAUCGAUUGGAACAGCUCUACAACAGAAAAUUCAAAUCGGAUUCGCCAUAUUUGGGAAAAACUCGUCCUAAAGUUGAUUUUUUUAUCACGUUACCGCAUGGUUUGCAGAUUUCUCAAUGCGGUGCUCAGGUUAAGACCGGGGUUAAGAUCAAACAAACGUUUCUGGAUAAAGGCCCUCAAGUCAAGAAUUUGGAAUUGGAAGAUUAUAGAAUAUACUCGAAGACAGGGCAUGUUUUGGUGAAGUUUAAAGAUGGUUCCUUGAAUGUUUACAAUCAUUUGGGUACUUUGGUUUGCUACGAGAAGCCAGUUCUUGAAGAGGGGCAAAUAGGUGAAUCCAGCGUGACGAAGCCCUGUAUCUGCCUGAACAUGGACAGCUACAGAAAGAAACUGCAAAGAAUAUUCAAGGAAGAAUUCAACAGAAACAAUACUCAUAACAUAAGUCGGAGGCAUUUGAUUUCAGGAAACAGGAGAAAGUUUAUGAAGGAUCAAAUAAAAGAGCUGGAAAAUAUUAAGAUUCCCUACUACAAAACGACACUGAUAACUCUUAAAGGCGAAGCUAGCGUUUUGGAGGGAGGCGUUUUGAAACAACAUGAUAAGUUUUAUACUCAUAAAGAAACUGAUUAUGUUCUGAACACAGUUUCUUAUGAAAGAACGGAUGGUUUGAAGUGCUUAUUGUUUGAAACCGGGGAAAUACAUGUUAAGUUUCCUGAUAAUACAAAGAUAAUAUGUUGGUUUGAAGUUGAUGAAGAGACAGAAGACCCUUUCGUCUUUAUUUCCAUAGGGUUCAAGUUUGAACACCCUUACUACAACACGAUUGAAUUUUACCCAGAUGGUACUCUUAGCAUACCCCUUAAGGGCGACAUAUUUUUAAGAAAGUUGGUCAACGAUAACUACGAGCUUCAAUCAUCAGCAGGUAUUCGCUUUUUGAUGGGUCCAGAUUAUGUGAAGUUCAACAAGGAUUGCCCGUCUUGCCCCGGGUUGACAAUGGGCAAAAUAACCUUGACUUCCUUCCUAAAUAACCGUUGGAUACCCACAGAGAGACUAAUAAAAUUUACCGAUAGUUACGAGAAGAUUUUCUACUGGAAUGUUUCCGGUAAAUGUACCCAUAAUUCCGGCUUCCAAAAGCAUGCUUACAACCAAUAUUCCUGCUAUCACUAUUCCAAUAUGGAAUACAAGAAGUUGUUCUUGAUUAAGAAGGAUUUCAGUGGUCAAAUGUUUUGGACGAACUACAUGUUAAACGCCAAAGUAACUAGAUACAAUAAGUGCCACGACUGUGAGAUUUUAUGCUAUGAUAGCACGCUAAACAAAGAAGUGGCUAUAUCGGAUUUUCGACGAAAAAUAUACAAGAACUUUUUUAAUUUUUACUUUAAUACUGAUUUAUUGGACGAGCAGUUUUGCUUGAACGCGUAUAAAAAACCUAUAGAAAAGCAGGUAUUGUACGAAACCUAUUUGCAAGUCCACACCAUUCUCAAUGAGAAGUUCAUCAUGGACCUCUGUAAAGACUUGGUGAAAUACAUGAGUGGAAAACCGGGAUUUGAGAAUUCGGACAUUCUUUUCAUAAUCUACACCAUGUACGAGGACGCUGAGAAUUACGAUCGAGAGAUUUUCCAGCCUCGUAAGGAGCCACUAUAUCCAGUCUCAAUACCCAAAUGCAAUUGCCGAAAAACUUUCAUAACCAUGGAGGCCAAAAACCAACUUUGGAGGGAUCAGGUCAACAAAUAUAGAGAAAAAUGUCGGUAUGGAAAAAGUUACACAGAUAAUUUACCAGACCACAGUCUGAAAGAUUAUGAGCAGAAGUCGUCAUUUAGCCAUAUGGUAUCUGUCGUUAUAUGGAAUAUAUUAACCUUUGGAAUAUCCUUUUAUUUCUGUUCAUUCAUCAGAAAGGCGGUUCACAAUUUAUCUAAAGCUUAUUCGUACCAAAAAAAUGAAGCUCAGAUCUGUGAGCCCACCAAAGAUGAAUUCAGGCAAAUCCUUAGUACCAACAGUGGCAGCAAAAUUCCCGUACUCUUAAGUAGAUCAAACACCAAACUUCAAAAUCCCGACGACAAUGUCCUACAAGUCAAAAAAACCGAAAGCAGCUGCCCGGACCUACUAAACUCUUCCAAAACUAUCGCCAAAGUAAAUUGUCGCACCAUUUUCAAAAACAACUGCAUUUUUUCCGCCAAGCCUCUUAGUGGAAGGGGAUUUGACCUAAAUUUGGAAAGUAAAUGUGCAAAAUUGAGGGAGGAAGUCUUAGAAAUUCAAGCCAGCUCGAUGCGAGAACAAGCCAACCUUCAGAGACAGCUGGACACGGCAACAAAGGAGAAAAAGGAGUUAUCCAGACAACUGGCAACACUGUCGAAGGAGAACCGCGGUGCGAAGCAGCAACUGGAGGAGUUGCUGCAGGAAAAACUCCUGCUGCAUCAGCGGUUGGAGAACGCCACGCUAGAGUUUAGAAACAACACGAAAACUAAGAAGUUUGCUUUAGCCAAGCUGGAAGAAGUGACUUGUAAUAUUGAUGGUCUGAAAAUGCAGUUGGAACAAACCACUAGAGAUAAGGAGAUUUUGGAGAACAAGCUUAGAAUAUUGCAGGAGGAAUAUGUGAAACUUCAGGAGAGGGUGGUUGUUUUUCAGAGCAAUGAAGUUAAAUGCAUGCAGGAGAAACCUGAAAGGGACGAUAACACUGCCAACCCUAAUACAAAAAAAGAACCCGAAACCUUAGAACCACUUGCAAUGUCUGUAUCGCAAACUGAACUGGACAUGAAGAAAGUUCAGAUGAAAAUCGACAUUUUAGAAGAAAGUUUAAAAAAUUUCAACCCAACAACCACAAUACCAAAUUUAAGGACAAUCAGUGAAACUGAAAAUGUUCUAUGGCGUUCUGAUUUUUCUUCGAGCAAAGAAGACGACGAGGAAACCACUGAUGAUAACUCCGAAACUCCUGAAAGUAUGGCGGAAUCGCCCAGAUCCUAUUGGUGCAACUCAUAUCAGAAUGUACCGACCAAACUUCCUCUAAUCAAAGGUCAGAUCAACUCCAUGGUCAGCAUUGUCAACAGCAGCGCUACAGAUUCUUUAGACGAUUCCAUAGACGAAGUUGAUCAUCCGAUUAACAAGAGGAUUGUGAGCAGCUCUGUAGCCUUUCAGAAGUUUCUGGAGAAGAAUUUGUCCAACAGUGAUAAUUCAAAGCAGUAUUUUGGUUUAAAUACUACUACCUCCGAAUCGUGAAUGUCAAAUAAAUUUGAAGUCUUUGGGAG